AAAAAAAAGAGUCGAACUUGCAUUCAAUUGUCCAAGCCUAACGUCAUGGAAAGAGUUACUUUGUUGCAGAGCGCACAGGAAUAAACCGUGUGAAACAACAGUUACCCCGCAUGCGUGGUGAUCGUGGGUAGGAUUUGACUGUUUGCGUGUUUGUUAGUUUGUUAAAUUAAAAGGCUCGAGGAGAAGAUGCGCAGGAACCUGUUUACAAGGAAAACGCAGCAAGUUUGAGUCUGGGGGGACUGUGGAGCAGGCAGUCUGAAAAUGCACACGGAUACCAUUACUCGUGCCUCUGUUUCUCCUCACGCUAGACCAAUUAGUCCUGGAAAUGUUUUCGUCAAGGAUCUUUCCUGGGCUCUGCGAUGAGAAGCAAGUGUCCGAGGUUUCAGUGACCAGAUUCUGAGGAUUAAAACCUGCAUCGCUGCUGCUGGAGGAGCUCCUUGAUACUAGUUUUGUUUCUGGAACCUGUUGAGUUUGUGAUGUGAAGUGAUGUUUAAAUGAUCUCCGUUAUGGAGGAGUUAAAGCUUUAUAACGCUGUUGUUAUCUGUUAGCAUAGAAUAUAAGACGAUAUAGUGCGUUAGCCUCAAUGGGCCGAGGAUGCUAGUGGUCACAACAGGCUUUUAAUUUAGACUGAAAUGAAGUAAUAGCUUUACAAAACUGUUCACUCUGCCUGUGUUUCUAAAGAAUCACAUCAUUAAAUUUACAUGAAGGUCAUCUUGUGCUGUUGUUGUUCACCUGAUACAACAGCUGACAUGUAAUUUGAUAUGAGUUUUAAUUUUACAGUGAGCUUGUGUUAUUUGUUUCCAAUACUGCAUGCAUCAAGCCAGUAGCAUCACCAUAAUCACUAUGUGCAUGUAGGAAUUGCAGCUUUUUUUUGUUGACCGACUUUAAUAUCAGGAUGUCAGUGAAAGCUAAAGCCAUCUACACAUUUCUGAGUGAAAACAAAGAGGAGAUCAGCAUCCAGGAGAAUGAGGAACUGGUUAUUUUUGAUGAGAAGUCAGUAGACGGCUGGUUCCAGGGGGAAAACAGCCGAGGGGAGAGGGGUCUCUUCCCAGCAUCUUAUGUGGAAAUAAUUCGCACUCGCUCAAACUCUAAUGUGACUGACUGCUCCAUCAGCCCAGCAGGCUCUUUAGAGAAGGACUCCUCCUAUUUCCCCUCUAUUCCAAUCACCCCUCCUCAUUUGCAGCAACCAUAUGAUGAUGACGACGAUGAUGACUGGGAUGACUGGGAUGACAGGUCCACAGUGGUGGAGGAUGCUGAUUAUAGCAGAAGCCCCGGGGCUAAUGGACAUGCCCAUCGAAGCCCAGUGUCUAACAACCCAAAUGUGCACUACCGUGCCAAACCACACAUGGAGCGACAGGACAGCAUCUCCAGCUCCAGGAAAGGCAGUAUGGUGGGCAGAAACUUGAAUCGGUUUUCCAGCUUUGUCCGCUCAGGGGUGGAAGCAUUUGUACUGGGUGAUGUACCCAUGAUGGCAAAGAUAGCUGAAUCAUACACCAUCGAAAUGAGUCCUUUGGGGCCCGGUUGGCAGGCAAAUCCACAGCCUUUCUGCUGCUCCAUUGAAGACCCCACAAAACAAACAAAGUUCAAGGGCAUCAAGACCUACAUUUCAUACCGGGUCACGCCAAGUCACACGGGGAGUCCCGUCUACAGGCGUUACAAACACUUUGACUGGCUGUACAACCGCUUACUGCACAAGUUCACUGUGAUCUCUGUGCCUCACCUGCCUGAGAAGCAGGCCACGGGGCGAUUCGAGGAAGAUUUUAUCGAGAAGCGCAAGAGACGACUGAUACUGUGGAUGAACCACAUGACCAGUCAUCCAGUCCUUUCCCAGUAUGAAGGCUUUGAGCAUUUUCUAAUGUGUGCUGAUGACAAGCAGUGGAAACUAGGGAAGAGACGGGCAGAGAAGGAUGAGAUGGUGGGUGCACAUUUCAUGCUUACCCUCCAGAUUCCUAAUGAGCACCAGGACCUUCAGGAUGUAGAGGAGCGGGUCGACACCUUCAAGAACUUUGCUAAGAAAAUGGAUGACAGUGUGAUGCAGCUCACACAUGUUGCCUCAGAGCUUGUGCGUAAACACCUGGGUGGGUUCAGGAAAGAGUUCCAGCGACUGGGAAAUGCGUUCCAGUCAAUCAGCCAAGCAUUUAUGCUGGACCCUCCCCACAGCUCAGAUGCCCUCAACAGCGCCAUCUCACACACAGGCCGCACCUAUGAGAACAUUGGAGAGAUGUUUGCAGAGCAACCUAAGUAUGACCUCUUCCAGAUGCUGGACAAGUUGUCACUUUACCAAGGCCUGCUUGCCAACUUUCCCGAUAUUAUUCAUCUACAGAAAGGCGCCUUUGCAAAGGUGAAAGAGAGCCAGCGGAUGACUGAUGAAGGGAAGAUGGACCAGGACGAGGCAGAUGGGAUCAGGAAACGCUGCCGGACGGUUGGGUUUGCCCUCCAGGCAGAGAUGAGCCACUUCCAUCAGCAGCGAGAGGUGGACUUCAAAGACAUGAUGCAGGCCUACCUCAGGGAGCAAAUAGCUUUCUACCAACGUGUUGUUCAGCAACUGGAGCGCACCCUGCGCAUGUACGACUGUCUGUAGAGACACCAAACAGCUGCCCAGUACAAGAAUGCCGAAAACCGCAGGAGAGAUCAAGUCUCAGCGCUUGUUUUAUCAAGGCAUUUUAUGUCGGAUACAUUUGGCUCAGUUGAAAAACACUUGCAGACGAGUACAUUUACUGGAAGAGAUAAAAAAAGCCGGUCAGUCCUAGGGGCCAUUCACAUUUAGCAUCUUUGGCAUGCACAAAUGAAUUGUUUCAACGCGCACAUGCACAAAAACAAGAGUGACAAAAAGUGACGCAUAUGCUUUUCUGGGAGCAUCCAACCUGCACCGGGAUGAAAGAAACCUCAGAUGUGACAUUGUGCGACCCCCAAAGCGCCUUAGUUUAAAACACCUCUGGCUUCAUCCAUGCAUUUUUAGAUGCUACAUGCAAAUGGCCCUUUUACACUUUGAUGGAUUCAUAGACAUUUUUUUUUAAAGACCUACUGUACCAUUUUUUCUUUUUCUGAAAUACACAUAGGAAGAAUAUUGUAAUUUAAAGUGUUUGUAAUAUUAAAAUAAGAAUUCCGAUUUUCACUUUUACAGUGGACAUAUAGGUGAUCGUAGUGUACCACAUGACAGCCACGAAACGGGUUUCAUUUUGAAAUUGUCCCCCUUCUCUCUAACAUCAUGCACUUUGGCUAUUCCACAGACUGAUUCAAGAUGUUUUAACUAUGUUUAACAAAAAAAUCACAAUAUAUAAACAUUCCAGAUGUUUCUUUCUUUUUAAUUUAGCAUUGUAGGAGUUUAUCAGCUCAAACAACUGUAGGGUAAGGGGAAUUUCACCAUCACUGCCUUUGGUUCUUGAUCAGGACUCAACUCGCUCAGGUGUUCACUGUUUUGUUUUUACUCAUUUUAUAUCUUACUAAAAAUCACAGCACCCAGACGCCAUGUACUUCAGUUUCAUGUGCUUCUUUUUGUUGUUUUUUUCAUAAAGCAAGUGCAUUUGAGGAUCUUAGGCAUUCUGAUGGAUUAUUGGUUAAUGGAACGUCUUGUCUUUUUGGGUGAAGUGUUGGAAUGAUCCAUGUUUAGAGACAAGUUUGCACGUUUUAUGUACUGGCGGGUGAGGGUAUGUGUUUAUGUGGAGGUGUGUGACAAAAGUCAACAACUGUGCUGAUCGAUUCUUGUUGCCAUGGCGGGAAAAUCAAACGGACACUUCUGUCUUUUGAUGUCGCAGUGGAUUUAUUUUGCAUUUUAAUAUGAACAAUAGUCAGAUGGUUGGGUGAUGCAGAAUCUCCCAUAAUCAUUUCAUUGUUAAAUUACUUAACAGAUUUUUUUUCUUUAGUAUGAUUAGUUAGAACUACAUUUAUUGCACAAAUAAACCAUUGUCUCUUAAAAGACAAAAUAUCAAAGUACAUUUCUCAUAUUUCUGAAUAAAUAUUUGUUACCACCCUCAUGUUAAAUGUGAGAAUAUUCAGUUAGCAUGAGGACUGCCAGAUUAUUUGUGUAGGACCACAGUCUGUGGAUUUAUGUGGCUUUAUCACUGCACUGUUGGGUGUAUAAGGGCCUGACUCACAUUCGUACUGCUGGGUUUUUGUGGAGAGUAAUUAAUCGGAAGUAUCGGAGCUCGAUACUGAAACUUAAUUUAUUGAUGGCUGCCAGGACCAUAGAAGUGUUUUCAUUCCAUCAGCAGGACCAUGUUGUGUGCUUUCUCCACAUCCAGUGAUAAUAUCUGUGCCCCUGUCAUCUCCGUCUGAGUGAGUGUUUAUCAUUAAAUAAGUGGUUCCAGGCGUAUUACUCAGUCUCCUUAACAGGAGAGAUGUUUCACUGAAACUUGUUUUGCUUUGCUGACCUUAGAGAUGUAUGUGGAGUCUGCGUCACUGUUACCAGCAUUACUUUAAGAAGUGUACUAGUACUUUUUUCACUUUUUUCUUUCUUUCCUCAAGUGGCUCUGAGUGUUGAUUAGUGGUGAGACACUGUUUGUUUUGAUGGAAGUGGGGGUUGAUCUCUCACUGGUGUGUUUGGGUGUGAAUGAAAAAUAAAGUGAAAAUGAGUUUCAGAGUUCGGUUUCUUCCAGCACAAAGACGUGCUGAGUCAGAGUGCAGCAAACAAAAUGGGGCGUGCGUGUGAGUGUGUGUGCGUGUGAGUGUGUGUGUGUGUGUGACUCAGAUUUGUGUUGUCUCAGUUGCUGGCGCUGCUUAGCCCACUUUUGCAGCCUUCAACACAGUCCCGUCUCAAUGUUGCUUUGUUCAUUGUUUGUUGAUUUUUGAACAAACCUCUGCUCGUCACGUCAGCAUUACACUCAUGCAGUUUUUUGUUUUUGCAAGACCAAAGGUUGUUUUUUUUGUUUUUUUUUGUCUUGUUUUUCUUCUCUUCUUUUUAAACUCUGUUUUCUGGUUCUGUGAUAGAAACUGGAGUCUGUGAGGAGAGAAGAACGAAACAUUCCCCAGACAGGUUUCAUAAUGACACUUGGCUCCCGUGCUCCAAAGCCUCGUGAGAAGUUAAAUGCCAGGCAUUUCACAUAGGUGACUGUUUGUCAACAUGGAUGUGUGAGCUGGUGAACUGCUGGAGGUUCCAAUGCUUUACUUUAUGUCUCUGAAACAAACAGAUUUGUGAUUUUUCAGUUCGUAGUUUGUCAGACGAUUGUCGGGAAGGGGGUUCAAAAAAAUCUUAAUAAAGGUUAUGAUGGUGA